UGUAACUGGCAGAUGACGACAUGUAACUUGUCGCAUUCUAAUACCAGAGACUGCUAAUACUCUUUGCUCUCAGCGGGAGCUCAGUAGCGGCCUGCUCAUUUCUGGUAGCGGGAUUUUGGUGUAGUUGAUGAAGACAUGGUGCACAUCUGUGUACGAACCAAUUCAUUGCUAAAUAUUCGUAGAUCAACUAGUGAGUGACAUUCACGUAAAUAAAUAUUGCAACUAUUUAUUAUUGAGAGAGACUGAGUGCAAAAAGUGAAUACUAAUCGGAAUUCUUCGAAGCUGACAAAUAAUUGAAAUUCGUUGACUAAGCAUGUCUAUGGAAACAGUUCCCAAAGAUUUGCGUGGUUUAAGAGCAUGUUUAGUUUGUUCGUUAAUCAAGACCUUCGAUCAGUUCGAAUUCGAUGGCUGUGAUAAUUGCGAUGAAUUCUUGCGCAUGAAGAAUAACAAGGACAAUGUUUUCGACUGUACUAGUUCUAACUUUGAUGGCAUGAUCGCAGCUAUGAGUCCUGAAGAUAGCUGGGUGUGUAAAUGGCAAAGAAUUAAUCGAUUUUGUAAAGGAGUUUAUGCUAUAUCGGUAUCAGGACGUCUCCCAGCCGGUGUAAUCAGAGAUAUGAAAAGCAGAGGCAUCGUUUACAGGCCACGGGAUACAAGUCAACGAUAGCACUGUAAAAUACUUCAAACGAUACAUUUUUUCAAUUGUAUAAUAUAAAGAAAUUUGUAAUUCACCUUAAUAAAGUACGAUACAGAUCUUGUAAA